AUGUCUACUCCCAACAGCGUGAUCAUCUUUGGUCCAACUGGCUCCGUGGGCUCGGCCACAGCUCUCCAAGCCUAUCAGGACGGGGUCAAAGUCACUCUUGCAAUGCGCGAUCCCACAAAGCCAAUUCCAGCCUUGAGUGGUAUCAACGCAGAAAGGGUCCAAGCCGAUCUCACAAAGCCCGAGACAAUCAAGCCAGCCGUCCAUCAGAGCGGAGCAAAGUCUGCCUUCAUAUAUGUGAUAUUUGGGACGCCUGACCACAUGCGGGCCAGUAUUGUGGCUCUCAAAGAGGCCGGUGUCGAGAUGAUCGUGCUACUGAGUAGCUACACAAUCCAGACCGAUAUCCACUCCGUGUCUCCAGAUGAUCAUGUCCCAUGGGUACACGCCCAAGUGGAAAUCUCGCUUGAAGAGAUCUAUGGCAAAGGCGGCUUCGUCGCGGUACGACCCAAUUAUUUUGCCAGCAAUAUACUCUGGUUCAAGGCGGGUAUUCAAGCUGGACAAGUCCGACAUGCCAAUCCGGAAGCCGAGUACGACUGGAUUUCUCCCGAGGACAUCGGUCGAGUGUGUGGGUCGAUCCUGGCGCGGGGUUUGAAGGAUCGGGUCGUUUGGCUGAUGGGUGCUGAGAAGAUGGCACUUAAGGAUGCAGUUGGGGUGGUUUCUCGUGCUCUUGGAAGGGAGAUCACGGUCACCAAGAUUAGUGCGGAGGAGGCGCUGGAAGAGUUGCAGAAGAAUGGGACUCCGGAGGGAACUGCCAGGUGGAUUGUGCGGUAUAUCACUGAGAAUGCUGGAUAUGAGUUCAAAACUACUGUGGUUGAGGAGGCGAGAGGUAAUAUUCUCAAGUAUUCGCAUCGAGUUCCUGUAAGGUUUGAUCAGUGGGUGGGUGAGAAUAUUCGGAAGUUCGAGGUGUAG